CGCGGUGUCCAGAGAAAAGUUUUCUCAGGACACGAAGUUGUCAAGUGAGUUUAACUUCAACAAUAGGCGGAUUCUAUCUCAAGACAGUCGAUAGAUAGAGGGUCACGGCGCACAUGUAAACAGUCGGUCUUUGACUUUGAAAAUAAAUACGGAGAAUAGACGAGGUGAUUUUUAAAAAAAGAAGAAAAAUGGAAGCGACGUUUUACGACGAAGCCGUGAAUGGCUCCAGUUCUCAGCAUGACGGGCCGACGGUGUAUGGCUUCAACCCCAAAACCCUCAAACAGACCAUGACGCUAAACCUCAACGACCCGAAGAACUUCAGGCCCCAGCUGAGCGCCAAGGCCCUGGACAUCCUCACGUCCCCAGAUGUCUGCUUGCUGAAGCUGGCCUCGCCUGAACUAGAGCGCUUAAUCAUUCAGUCCUGCACCGGACUGACGACUCCCACCCCGACCCAGUUCGUCUGUCCCAGGAACAUCACCGACGAACAGGAGGGGUUUGCGGAAGGGUUUGUGAGGGCUCUGGCAGAGCUCCACUACCACCAGCAGCCCCCUGCUGUCCACCCUGACGCGCAGACCGACGCGCAGACCGACGCGAGCAACAGCAUGGGAUCCGGCUCUGCUGCGUCCGAGAGCGACGGGAUUCCCUACAGCUGCACGGUGCGCACCGACCCACCGGAGUACACAAGCCUGGGGGCUUUCAGCAGAGCUGUGGGCUCUGCGUCGGCACCUGCUAGCGAGAGGCACCCACCUAUAAGUUACCCAACCGUCCCACAGCCGUCCGACAACAACAUGGACCACCUGGCGGCGCAGCACUCGCGGCUACACGCGCUAAAAGAGGAGCCGCAGACGGUGCCCCAGAUGUCCGGCGACACCCCGCCGCUCUCCCCCAUCAACAUGGAGAACCAGGAGCGCAUCAAAGCGGAGAGGAAGCGCUUGAGGAACAGGGUGGCCGCCUCCAAAUGCCGGAAAAGGAAGCUGGAGAGGAUCUCCCGGCUGGAGGACAGGGUCAAAAACCUCAAGAACCAAAACACAGAGCUGGUUUCCUCUGCCAACGUCCUCCGGGACGAGCUGGCUCUGCUCAAGCAAAAGGUCAUGGACCACGUUAACAGCGGCUGCCAGCUCAUUUUGACGCAGCAACUCCAAGCUUACUAGACUACCAAGGGUAAUAAAUAAAAAAGGGGAUUUGUUUGUGUGUGGACCAAAUGCAGCAUAAUGUGGCCUGUUCAGUCAUGCGGGGGAGCCCCUGCGUUUCAUUGAAAAUAUCCACCAAAUUAUCCGCUCAGGCUGCAUCCACUAAGUUUCUACAGACAAAGAGCAAGAAUGGAAACGGACUAGAUCCUUGUAAUUGGUCAGUGCGAUGAAUUAUUACAGAGCAGAGGCCACCAAAGCUGCUUCACGGACGGACAAAGCUCAGAGGAGCAUCCAAAUACUCCUCUGAUGUGGCUUGUUAGAUUAAAAAAAGGGAGGGUUUCUUCCCCCACUUAAAACGACAAGAUGUAUUCAGUCAAGGUGAUAUGGCAAGUGUCCAUACCUAAAGCUAAUAUGAAAUUGAUGUCCCUUGCAUCCUGACACCCAGAGCAUGUGUGGGAUCAAAUUGCAAAUUGACAGAAACACAAUGUGAACAAGGCGUUGCCCUGCGAAUCUUCCACUAUAUCAAGUAGCAAUGUAUGCAUUAAGACUUGAGUCCAGCACUGAGUACCCCACCAGCGACUAUACAGUAUGUACAGAGUAACACUAACAAACAUCACACCUUUAUUCAAGGACUCUCUAGGUGUGUGUAGCGUUUACUGACAAAUACUGCCUUACUUUCUUAACCCUUAUGUUCAUAGCCUACCAUUUUGUGAUAUAAACCUGAAAUAACACUUUGUAAUAAUAUUUGUACGCUGUCUUUUGAGCACUUAAGAACUGUAAAUAUGACAAAAUAAAAUGUUGGACACGUA